CCAAAAGAAGAAGACGGAAGAAAAGAAGACCGGAGAGGGAACGAGAAGAGAGCUUUUGAAAGAGUGAGCAGAAGUGACACCAACCGAGACGAAAUUUCGUGCUUUUAUUUGACGGAAAACGGUCUCGCGCAAUGGGUCGGAUUUUUCUGCAUCACAUCGGAGGCACGAGACUCUUCUCUUGCGCAAACUGCGACACGAUUUUAACCAACCGGUCAGAGCUGAUAUCCACGCGCUUCACCGGCGCCACCGGACGAGCAUUUCUCUUUAACAAGGUGGUGAACCUGCAGUACAGUGAAGUCCAGGACAGGGUCAUGCUGACGGGACGACACAUGGUGCGUGAUGUCAGCUGUAAGAACUGCAACAGUAAACUGGGCUGGAUCUAUGAGUUCGCCACAGAGGAAAGCCAGCGCUAUAAAGAGGGCCGCGUGAUACUGGAGAGAGCGCUGGUGCGAGAGAGCGAAGGGUUCGAGGAGCACGUGCCGUCAGAUGCUUCCUGAGUCACGUGACAUCACUGCCCCUCAUCCGUGUGAAUGACGCAUCAGCUUUUUGCUCUAGACCCCGCGAUACUCUCUGAUGAGUGAGGUGACGUGACAAGAUUCAGACCUGCUGUUUCUGUCACCUGUCACACAGGUCACACGUGUACAGACGCAUGACACAUGCCGAGAGCUCACUGCAGUAUUUCAGCUGUUGUCACAGGGGCAGCGUGUGGAAUGUAGAAGACCAACAUCAUCAUUUGCUUUUCUGUUUAUAUCUUUUUCAAAAAAUUAUUUGGUUUAAAGUGUUUUACUUUUGUUAAAUCUGUAUUCAUUUGAUCUCGAUAAAAUCUUACUUUUGUCACGUCAGUAGUGUUCUGGGACAUUUAUUAAAAGAAAACAUGUUUUCAAUCCAUGAGGCACUUUUGUUUAUUUUUGAUUUGUCGUGAUACACACAGCUCAUGAAUGUUUUUAAUAUUUGUUUGUUGGAUUUCAGAAUGAAUGGUUGAGAGAGAUGAAGGAACUUUGGAGAUGAAUUCUUGUUCUGGUUAAGUUCAGAUUCUUCUAGUACCGAGUCAAUCAUGAAUCAUACUUCUCACUUUCCUGUUGCGUUUCUGAACUCUGUUUUCCUUUACAUUUUUUUCUUCUAAUAUUUCCAUUAGUAAUAAACAUUUAGUAUAAAUUUUGUUACAUGCUGCUUGAUGGGGUACUGAAAACACGACGUUCUCUAGAGUUUCUCAAAGAUGAUGCUGUCGUCUGGAGCUCCAACAGCAUGACUGGUGAAGCACAGCUGAGCUGAGAUCGAGUCUUGAAAGAGAAAUACAAUGUUGUGCUUUAGCAUCAGGUGUAAGACUAAAAUAUCUGUAGGACGAUGGAAACGCGAUUCAUAUUUUGUUUUGUAGUCAUGAAAGGCAGGGCCGUUUGAUGAGUUCCCAAAGAAUAGUUUCUGUUGCGGUCCUUUUUUGAAAGCAAAACUCUACUCGGUAUGUAAAGACCUAAUAAAAUAAACAUUGUAUUGUGAUU